UGUUGCGGAACGGUCGUGACUCAUCGCGAUUUUCGAUAAAUAUAAACAACUCGAGAUUUUUUCGUUGUGAUCAAAAUUAUAAAAGAAACAGUGGACUUUAUUGUGAUAUUAAUAAAAAAGAUUAUAGUGAUUUAAAGUGACGGAUUCUGUGUAGUGGUGUGCGUUAACCCUAACUUAUAGAGAUACUCGGACACGUCAAACCAUUUAAAAACCAUUAACGGGUCCACAACUAUGUCAUUAAUUUGAAAUUCGUGGAAAAAACUGGACAUGUAUAACAAGGUGUUGAUAUUUAUACUAGUGUUUGUGACAAGGACUUUUAGUUCUUUGCAACUAUGUGGAAAGGAGAACAGUAUGGACAUAUCGAGAGGCACACAUUUAUCCAACGGAGAUGUAUAUUUCCACGGGAUAAAGUACGAAAAAAGCGAAUAUUACAUAGACAACCAGACAGGCGUGGAAAAAGCGUGUAUUUGCAGUAAAGAGUCAUGCAUAAGAAAAUGCUGUCCAUUCGGUUUAGGAUACGAUUUUAGAAAAAAAGUAUGUGUGAAUACGACAGAGCCUUUCGACCCUCCUGUUUGGAACGACUACGGGGUGAUUAGAAACGCCAAUGCAUCCAAGAUGUUUCACUUCACGUUUGGGAAGCACAACUGUUCUUCUUCUGAACUACGAAUCAGAAUUAGCCAGGUUGCACCGCAUCACCAUCUUAAACGGGAUGGCAACCUCUACAUCGAGCUGCCGAUGAGCAUCCCCCCUUGGACAGUUCGUGGUCCAGACAAAUAUUGCAUCGACACGUUUGUAUAUGAAGAUGAGGAAGGCAACACGAAGACCCAGUUGGAUGCCCUCGUGUGCUUCGCUGAACCCAGCUUCGACCCCACUAGCUACAUUAUCAGCAGCACUUGUAUGCUGAUCUCCUGCGUGUUCAUCCUGGCCACUGUGGCAGUCUAUGCCUGGUUACCGGAGCUCCGUAACCUUCACGGCCGGGUCCUCAUGGCAUACCUCCUCUCUCUCUUCGUGGGCUUCCUCUUCCUUGCCACCAUGCAGAUAUUACUCAUCAUCAACAACGUUACUGCCGAGUGCUGCUUGGUUUUGACUUUCAUCAUCUACUUUUUCCUGCUGUCUGCGUUCUUCUGGCUCAACGUGAUGUCUUUUGAUAUCUGGUGGACAUUCAGUGGAAAACGCGGUCUGUCUUUGGAGAAGCUGUCAACGCGAGCUCGCUUCUGCGCAUACGCCUUCUAUGCGUUUGGCGUGCCAACCGCCCUGACCAUAAUCAUGGCAGGAUUGGAGUUCUCUGGGCUCCCUGCUCACCCCCUUUUGCCGAACAUAAAGCAUCAAGGAUGUUUCCUGUUUGGAAAGAGCAAGCUCCUGUACUUCUACGGGCCUAUAGUAGCUCUCUGCGUUGCAAAUAUGCUGUUCUUCAUCCUGACCGCGUUGAAGAUCGCGCAGAUCAGGAAACAGACAUCCGUGCUCAAGUCCAAGGAAAGCACCAUGCAUGAUCAACACAGGAAUGAUCAGCAGAGGCUUCUCCUGUACGUCAAGCUCUUUGCCGUGAUGGGCAUCAACUGGUUGCUAGAAGUCAUCAGUGCCUUGUAUCCCGAUGCUGAUUACCUGUGGCGCUACACCGACGCAUACAAUGUUCUCAUCGGCCUCAUUACCUUCAUCAUCUUCGUGUGCAAACGCAAGAUCUUCAGGCUCAUGAAGAAGAGGAUCGAAGAAAGUAUUCAUCGACGCAAGAGUGAAGUUGGGAACAUGAGAGAAUUCAGCCAAAGAGACAGAACAGACUGGAGAAGCUGUCAUAACCAAAGAGCUAGUCUAGACACUAUCCGGUCAUCUCUAUGUGUGGAUACUGAUAGUGUUAAAACGAAGACCACGCAGUGUUAAAAAAAAUCUAGUCAAUCAACAAUAGAUGCCCAAAAAGACAUUAGCAAAAUGGUGGUCUAUGACAAUUGAGAGUAAAGACUGUUGAAAGAGUAAAGAUGAAAAAUGUACGUUCAAUAGUUUAAGAGGAACUGUGACAAUUAGAUAAUUUAUUGCAAAUAAGUAAGUUAUAGUGAAAGGAGAUAACAGAAAGCCUCUCUUUAGAAGAGUAGAUACUAAUUACAAGUUUAUCACACAAUGUGUUUACACACAAAAUUAUGAGAAAGACAACGCAGGGGAAGUCCGACCAACAGUCGAUCAAUGAAUUUAAGGUACAAGCAAAUGCGAGGCGAGCCAAUGUCCAGGACAGCGACUGCUUCAUCACGCACCAUCUCCAGCCGGGAUGACAUCAGAUUGGGUUCCAUGAAGACCAACAACAAUUGAAAUUAUACUGCUCUUUAGAGGGCACAUAGAUUUCAAACAGCGAAAGAAUUUCGUAGGUUGAAAAUUUUGAAGAUCUGGCAGCAAGCCGGUUUAACGAUUUUGAUGUUAAAGAUGUUUCUUUUACAAAUAUUUGGAGAUUCAUUUUUAAUUUACUAAAAUGUGACGUGACUUGUGUAAAGAAAGGUGGUGCCUGUUAUCUUCGGUUUGAGUAGGCGAUGCCUCGCAAAGGGGAUAAACUCUUACAAAAGAAAUUGUACAUUCAGAUUGCCAUACUAUUUUAUUCAUCCGAAAAGAAAACUAAAUUAUUCUCUACAGCCUUUAAGGUAUUUUAUAAGUAACAAAAAGGUGUCUGAAAUAAAUAAAAAACAGACAGUAAUAAAGAAGAUAAAAAGAAAGAAGAUUAUGAUGGUGUUGGUGAUAUAAACAAUGCAUUAGAAGGAGCGUUGAAGGUAAAUGAAGUUACACGAGACACUAAAAUAUCUAUUACUCUACGUAGUUAAUUAGCUCUGCACGUAAUUCAGUAUUUAAGAAAUAGUUAUAAAAACCUUAAAGACAAGUUUUAUAAAUACCAUUACUGCCUCAUUAUCGAAUUAAGAUUAAAUAAUAAUUAGCAUCGACGUAUACUUUGUUAUAGCAAACAUUUAUGAGUAAGAAGCGUAUAAAGAUGAGAAUAGACUUUGUACUUAGACAUUUGAUUAAGAUGUUAUUUGGAUACUAAGGCACAUUAUACAUAGUGUUAGUGACAUCGUAACAAAUACUGAGGAGGAUGAUUCAGACCAUGAUUCUAAGUUGAUAUCAAGUGGAUUUUCCUGUCGGAAAAUUAAAAUAUAUCAACUCAGAAUCAUGGCCUGAAUCAUUCCUCAAAGUUUUCGUUACGAUGUCACUAAGACCCUUUAUAGUGACCCGAGUGACUUGGUAAAACCCAGUGCUCUGUUUAUCUAAUUAAGCUAACACAUGAAGGCGGUAGUAUCGGUAUAAUUCGGGUAUUGAAUAAAAAAUUAUACUGCGUAAGAACAGGAACUCUACCCCGCACCAAUUGGUAUCGGGCACCGACCUUACCCCCCUCUGGGUCUUACUUUAGUCUUAAAUGACUGGUAAGGAGUAAGGGAGCGCGUGGACAGUCUGUCUCGCACUUACACGGUAAGAAUGAAUUUUUGAAUGGAGUGUCCGGGGUAUGAUUAGAGGAUUUUUGGUAAUGUUUGAAGGUGCAUUCUUACAAAAUUCUAGCAGUUUCAUAGUUUCUACUUACCCGCUCUGAAACACACCCGAUACCAUCUAAAUGUGCAGUAAGCUUUAAUUUAUGUUACGGUGGUUCCUCUUCUUCAUGUAGUUGGUCGUUAACAACCUCCGUGUCCAAUAGUAGAGCGUUGGACUCACCAUCCGGAAGCCCCAAGUUCAAAUCCCGGUGGGGACAUAUCACAAAAA